CAGCACUCACUGGCUAUGCGGUCCUCACGUGCAUUCUCCCUACCACGCUCGCCGAAAUACUUUUCGCACGCACCACCUCGCACACCCGCACGGGCCCAUCCUCUCCAACCAUCCUCCUCCCCGAUCCGCACCCGACGCAUCCGCUGCUAUAAAAACUACGUGCAUACCCCCGUAACCGCUUCAUCCCUCUCUACUUCCCGAUCAAACGCGGCGGCGGCAGCAGCGGCAGCGCAAGAGGUAGAUUGGAGUAUCACCACCACCGCGCAAGAAAUGGCGACCGAGACUUUCCUCUUCACCUCUGAGUCUGUGAACGAGGGCCACCCUGACAAGCUCUGCGACCAGGUCUCCGACGCUGUGCUUGACGCGUGCCUCGCCCAAGACGCUGACAGCAAGGUUGCCUGUGAGACAUGCACCAAGACCAACAUGGUCAUGGUUUUUGGUGAGAUCACCACCAAGGCCACUGUUGACUAUGAGAAGAUUGUGCGUGACACCUGCCGCAACAUUGGCUUCAUCUCUGAUGAUGUUGGCCUUGAUGCUGACCGGUGCAAGGUGCUUGUCAACAUAGAGCAGCAGUCUCCUGACAUUGCCCAGGGUGUGCACGGACAUUUCACCAAGCGCCCUGAGGAUAUUGGUGCUGGUGACCAGGGUAUCAUGUUUGGCUAUGCCACCGAUGAGACCCCUGAGCUCAUGCCCCUCAGCCAUGUGCUUGCCACCAAGCUGGGUGCCCGCCUCACUGAAGUCCGCAAGAAUGGCACUUGUGCCUGGCUAAGGCCUGAUGGCAAAACCCAGGUCACGGUUGAAUACCUCAACGAGGGAGGUGCCAUGGUUCCUGUACGUGUGCACACUGUUCUGAUCUCCACCCAGCAUGAUGAGACUGUCACCAAUGAUGAGAUUGCUGCGGACCUCAAGGAGCAUGUCAUCAAGCCGGUGAUCCCUGAGAAGUACCUGGACGAGAAGACCAUAUUCCACUUGAAUCCAUCAGGCCGCUUUGUCAUUGGUGGCCCUCAUGGUGAUGCUGGUCUUACUGGUCGCAAGAUCAUCAUCGACACCUAUGGUGGCUGGGGAGCACACGGAGGUGGUGCUUUCUCCGGCAAGGACCCAACUAAGGUUGACCGCAGUGGCGCCUACAUUGCCAGGCAGGCUGCCAAGAGCAUCAUUGCUAGCGGUCUUGCACGCCGCUGCAUUGUUCAGAUCUCCUACGCCAUUGGUGUGCCUGAGCCCUUAUCUGUCUUCGUUGACUCUUAUGGUACUGGCAAGAUCCCCGAUAAGGAGAUCCUCAAGAUUGUGAAGGAGAACUUUGACUUCAGGCCUGGGAUGAUCAGCAUCAACCUUGACUUGAAGAAGGGUGGCAACAGAUUCAUCAAGACGGCUGCUUAUGGCCACUUUGGCCGUGAGGAUGCUGACUUCACCUGGGAGGUUGUGAAGCCCCUCAAGUUUGACAAGGCCUCUGCUUGAGACGUGGGUAUGAAGGAGUCUAUCAUUCCUGCUGCUGCCGCUGGUGGUUGUAUCUUGGAUAAUUGAAUUCCUUCUCUUUAGAAGGAAGCAGGGUUUCAACAUCGCCGUGGACACGCUGAAUUGGCGUCUAGUGAUUGGUAUUUUGGUAUGGCAUACAGAAAUAUGUGCUGAGUUAAUACUAGUCGGGUCUUUUGAUGUCUUCUGUGCUUUGUUUUUGCUUUUUGAGUCUACUGAAACCGCAGUACUUGUGCGGUUUCCUCUAUCCAGUUAUUUUUUAGUACUGCAUCUGUAAAACCAUAUGUGAUCCUAGUACCCUGUUCUUCCCAAUUCUCGAUGCUUGGUGCAGUCUUAACCUUUUCGA